AUGGCAACACAAGAUAUUGUUAAAUUAUGUAUACUAACGAUUAAGAGAAAUGAAGUAAGAAAAGUCAUUCUGGCGUUAUCGGAGUUGUGGCCCGUUGACUUUAAUUCAAAGAAGAUGAACACAGUUUGUAUUUGGACAAGGCGUCUAUCACUUUUUGAACGAAGUGGAACAGUUCAUAUAUGUGCUUACAUAGCAAUAGAUUUUAUUCUUACAUCAAUAACAUUUGACGUAAGUGGACUGUUAGCGGCAUUACAACUUGAUUUAGCUGAUAUGAACGUAUAUAAUGAGGAACCAGAAAACGAUUACAGUCUGCUUAAGGAAAUUGUGAAGGAUCAUCAAAAAUUGCUAAGGGUUGUCGAUAACGUCAAUCUUAUAUUUGGACCUUUGCUGUUCGCACAAGUGACGUUUUCAUCUAUAAUUAUCUGCUGUUUUGGGUUUCUUACUAUAGUCGGAAAAGAUUUAAUCAAGAGUCUGCUAGCGACAUUUGGAAUAAUACUUGCCAUGUUCAAUUUCUGUUGGUCUGGACAGCUUCUAUCAGAUGCUAGCUCUGGUAUAGCUGAAGCUGCAUACAACUGUCCUUGGUACAACAGAAGUGUUGAAUUUCGAAAAUAUAUUCUGAUUAUUAUUAUCAGAGCACAAAAGCCGUGCACGUUAUCGGCAUUAGGAUUCUCGGACGUGACUUUGACCACACUUUCAAAGAUAUUAAGUACGUCGUGGUCAUAUUUGUCACUACUGAAUCAAAUGUAUGAAGAUAUUGCAUAA